GAUUUUUUUUUACCGGUUGAACGACUGAUUUUAAAGUAACAGUAACAGCUUGCAAAAAUGUCUGGACAGCAGAUUGGAAAAGAAGGUUUAUUAAGCAAAUUAAUAGACCUUGAUAUUAACGCCGAUACAAUUGAUCACCCAGCGGUUUUCACUGUAGAAGAAGCUAUACCACAUGUGGCCCAUUUAGAUGGAAUGUUUGCUAAAAACUUAUUUAUGAAAGACAAGAAGAAAAAACUAUGGUUAUUGUGUGCGCCUCAUAAUGCUGAUGUAAAAUUAAAUGAUUUGUGUAAAAUGGUAAAGGCAUCUGGUAGCCUCAGGUUUGCUGAUGAAUCUGUUUUGUUGGAGAAACUGGGCCUUAGGCAAGGUGCUGUUACCUUGUUUGGACUAAUAAAUGACACAAAUAAAGAUGUGACAUUAAUACUGGAUUCUAGGUUUACUGAAAAUGUUUAUCCCAAAAUACAUUUCCAUCCCAUGGUUAAUAGUGCCACAACAGGAAUUACAUCUGAAGAUCUGAAGAAGUUUAUAGAGCAUACUGGUCACAAACCUAUUAUAGUUAAACUAGACUAGACUGAAUUUUACUGCAACAUAUACCGGUAUUGCCUUCACUUAGACAUCUGAUAAAAUUACCAACUCAAGUAGGAGUGCACCACAUCAUAAGCAUAAUUCAAUUAGGCCACAUCAAUUUGAUUUUCUCUUCCUCAGGGGUCUGAUAUAUAAAUAGCUGUAUGAUUCAUGUGAAAGAUGUUUUGUUUAAAAUUUUAAAACUCCAAAAUGUGAAAGUUUUUAAACAGCACAACCAUGUACUUUUUGUUUUUAAAUUAGCCUUUUUCCAGAAGACAUAAGAAGGAAAAUGUUCAGAGGUGUUCCCGAAGAACAGAAAAUCAAAUUAGCAGCCUUAUGGAAUAAAAAUUUUGAGAUGUUAUGUUCCAGAUCCCUUGAGCAUAAUUAGGCCAAAGCUUGACAAAGCUUUUUUGUGUUUAUCAAAACAUAUAUUUCUAAUGACAAGGUAAAAUUAAAAUUAUAGACAGGAAUUGCAUAAUAAUCCAAUUCACAAUAUUACAAGUGUCAACUACAAUUUGGCCAUUUGAAGAGCAGUGUGUGCUAUCAAUGUGCAUAGUAUGGCAUUCAUCUCACAGAUAAACAUGUCAGUCAUAAUGGUACCUACAUUAAUAUUUUCAUUUGUAAUGUAUGUAUAAUUCUUCCUAACAUACAAAUUUGUAAAUAAAAACACAAGUAAGUUUUC